AUGUCCAUCACUCAGAGAUUCCAAACCAUAUUCGCGCUCCUCUUCCUCGCGCUCAUGGUUCCCGUCAGCGCGUACGUCGAGGGUCUUGAUCAAGUUGUUCGUGAUAUCGCAUGGGCAACCGAGUCAGCCACUUGUACCGAUGCCAAAACCGAAACUCUCAUUCCUACUGUCCUCCCCGGAACUUCCGCUGCUGCUUCAUAUUCACAUGAAACACUAGUUCCCAUCACUCUUCCAUCCACCCUUAUCUCCAUCUCCACCUCAUCCAUCCCAUCAUCACCCCUCCUCCCCCUCACCACAGCAAUCAGCCUAACCACCACUCAAACCACCAGUUCCCUCGUCAUCCUCUCUCCACUCCCCAGCUCCAUCUCCAUCUCCAGCUCCAUCUCCGCCCCCGCCUCCGCCUCCCAAAUCUCUGGCUACGUUUCCGCAUCUCCCAGCGAGAAAGGAGGUACAUACACCAACAGCACCGAUACUAUCCCCUCAACCACCAUACCCUCAACAAUCCUCACCACCACCACUUCUUCCCUACCCACCAUCACAUCCAAAGCAUCCGCAUCCGCAUCCGCUACGAACUCUACUCCCGCAAGCAGCACUAGCACCAGCACAAGCAGUAACGCCGUACAAACAGGUGGAGCAAAACAUGCCAAUGUACUUUCGGGAGGAUUAAUGGUUGCUGCAUUUGCUGCUGCUUAUUUUCUUUAA